AGAGGAUCCAAUUCCAUAGUACAGCAGCGGUGAGCAAAUUGGGAUGAUAACGGAGAGACAGACAGGGAGACAAAUCCAUAUGUUGUCUCAGAAACAGCAAUAGUAGUAGUAGUAAAAAGUAAAAACCAAAACAUACAAAACAAAACACUCUCAUCUCAUCGCAAACGUUAAUUUGACUCCAUUUCACACCAAAAUCUCAAGGUUUCUACAAAAUGGCAGCUUGUGUAUUCAUCGUUUCACAAGACGGUUCCGGAGAUUUUCAAACGGUGCAAGAACCAAUCGACGCCGUGCCGUUUGGUAACACACGACGGACUGUGAUCCGGGUUUCUCCGGGAAUCUACCGGCAACCGGUUUACGUUGCUAAAACCAAGAAUUUCAUCACUCUUGCUGGGUUGGGUCCUGAGGAUACUGUGCUUACUUGGAAUAACACUGCCACCAAAAUCGAACACCAUCAAGUACGCACAUUUUCUUCCAUGUUUUUAUUAUUUGGUGUAAUGGGUUGUGGAACUGCCAUUGUGGAAGGAGAGGACUUCAUUGCAGAUAAUAUUACUUUUGAGAAUUCAUCCCCCCAGGGUUCAGGACAGGCGGUGGCAAUUAGAGUAACAGCAGAUCGUUGUGCCUUCUAUAAUUGCAGGUUCCUUGGAUGGCAGGACACACUGUAUUUACAUUACGGUAAACAAUAUUUGAAAGAUUGCUAUAUCGAAGGAAGCGUGGACUUCAUCUUUGGCAAUAGCACUGCCCUUUUGGAGCACUGUCAUAUACACUGCAAGAGUGAAGGGUUCAUAACCGCACAGGGUAGAAAAUCAUCACAGGAAUCAACUGGUUAUGUAUUCUUGAGAUGUGUUAUCACAGGUAAUGGAGGAAAUUCAUAUGCGUAUCUUGGACGACCGUGGGGACCUUUUGGAAGGGUGGUUUUUGCAUACACUUACAUGGAUCCAUGUAUAAGACAAGUUGGUUGGGAUAACUGGGGGAAAGUAAAGAAUGAGAGGAGUGCUUGCUUUUAUGAAUACAGGUGUUUUGGACCUGGUUGCUGUCCAACCGAUCGAGUAACAUGGUGUAGAGAAUUGGUGGAUGAAGAAGCAGAGCAAUUCAUCAUGCAUCCAUUCAUUGAUCCAGAACCAGAUAGAUCUUGGCUCGCUCAAAGAAUGGGCUUGAGGGUUCCAUAUUCUGCUUAGAAAAUAUGUGGACACACGUGACUAUUCCACGCAGUCAAUUAUUUGAGAGAAUCCAUCCAUUCGGCUUAGAAAUGUCUUAUCUAUCCGACGAAGAAAGUAAGUCUUUGUAUGUGUGAAACGCUUGUGAUGAAUCGGAAAUGCUAGAUGGUGCCUUUUGCAUACAUGAAUAAAAAUACAUUUGCUUAAAAUCUCUCUGCAACGUUGUGUGGUAGAGAGUGUUUGGAUAUAAAAAAUCAACAAAAAAAUGUCUAGUGUUACAAAGACGGGCAAAGUAAGUUUAUUGUAAAUACUAAAUACAAAAAGUUACGUUAGACAAGUGGUGUUAUAAUAUCUUAUAACAUAUUAUCAGAUGUUAUAAAAGUAGCGAAUUCAACUGUUU